ACCGAGGACUUCUCCCGCAAACUUUCUUUCCUGGUGAAGGCGGCUUAUGACGCUCUCAGAAAGCCAAUGCCUAAUGAAAACUCGGAUACGUAUAAGCGAAUUGUUCAGAAUAUCCAUUCCCUCGAAGCCACUAUUUUGAUGGUUAUCGGGUUUCAGACCCUAGAGGUUAAGCAGCCACAUGUCAUUCUGAUAAACGUCAUCCGCGAAAACAAGUUUCCGAAGGAAAUCUCUCACACUAGUUAUUACAUAUGCACAAACAUACUCCAUCUUACAACACUGGUUUUACAUCAUUCCAUGGAGGCUAUUGCGGCUACUAGUCUUUACAUUGCGGCUAAAUGGAAUAACUCAGACAUUAAAUGUGCCAACGGAGAGUGGUACCACCUAUUCUCACCCGAACUGACUCUGGAGGAAAUAAAGGCCAUGGCCGAUGAAUUUACUCUGACAUUCCAGGAGUGCGAUACCAAAAUAAAAGAUCAGCUCCGGUUGCUACUUAAGCAAAAUUAUCGUGUCGAUAAGCGAUCGCACGAAACUCCACCCCCUCGUGUUGUUCAACGUCCUGGUCAGCCUCUCCAACACAGCAGGAGCAGUGGCGAGAUGGCCUUCCGUCAGUCGCAACAACAACAACAGCAUCCAGCACGCAACGGAUAUGGAGAACCAGAUAGUAAAAUGCAGCGUCUGGAUCGCGGCGUCUUCUCCCCCCAAAGCCAGCCCGUCCAAAUGAUGGAUUCCGCCCACAGAGUACGUAAAGCCCUUCUCUGUUCGAUAUUUUGGUUUAUUCUCUGA